GUAUGUUAAUAGUCAAAAUUAACUUGUACCAGUGAUAACUUGACCGCUGAUGUCAUAUAAAACAUUUGUUCAUUACUGUAGCGAAAUGGGAUCAGCUUUUCCAGCGAGGCUGUAAAGUGAUUCCCCAAAGAAUGCUUGGGGUCUUUGUGCAGGAUGGAUGAAGAGGACCCCUCUUGCCCUUUGAAAAGAUGUGGUGUGUUUAUUCCACAGGCUACUGAACGGUCUGCCAAGCCUGAAAGAACAGUUGUGGUCUGUGGUAUCCCAGAUGGCCUUCUAAGUGAGGACAUAAUGGCUGACAUCCUAAUGAUUAAUUUUCAGAAGAGAAAGCAUAAUGGUGGAGAUGUGGAGAAUAUAGACUACCCUAUAUCAACAAAAGGAGUGGCAUAUAUAACAUUUGAGGAUAAACAAGUUGCAGAGAAUGUUCUCAGGAAAGGCAAACUCAUUUUAGAGGACAAGAGGCUACAUAAGGUUUUUUUCCUCAAAGUAUUGCCAUAUGGAGGAAAUGUUUUCACCUGUGUAACGUGUAUCCUCAAUUUGUCCAGUUUUGAAGAAAGAUGCAACUUAGAAGACCUGGUGCAAGAACUUGAGGGGAAUCUCCCCAGUCUGAGCUUUGGGCCGUUGCACACAACUGGGCAAAUAACUGUGCAGGGACCAUUUCCAGCUAUCAAAAUUCUCCAGAAUAAACUUGUAUUGAUUCUAAAACAUUCCUUUUUAGAACGACCCUUUAAGAGAAAAGAAAGGGUGCCAGAUAACAGAUCCAGGAUGAAGCCAAGAAACCAUGGACUACCUUUCAAGUCAGGAGCUGGUGCUGCUGAAAAUCCAAGUGAGGAAGGACUAACUAUUGCCCCUGAUACUGAUAUAUAUUACUAUAUGAAAAAGUUCAAAAACAAACUCUAUCAAAAGAGUCUAGAAAAAUGUGGUGUUACCAGUUAUGAAUCUGUAGAUGGUGAGGUUACCACUAUCUACCUCUGUAACAGCAGUGCAAAAUCAGACUGUUGCCAGUUAGAGCUUGCCAAAAAUAUAGUUGAAGGUUUGCUGACAGAACUACAUUGCUUUCUGCGCAAGGGAAAAUUGUUUCAGAAAGGGCUCACCAGGACAGAAAAACAGAACCACGAGCAGGCUUGUGAGGUUGUGAACAACCAGUUACCAAAUGUUUUGAUUAUACCUUAUCAAACUCACAUAGAUAUUAUAGGUUCCUCUUCAGAUAUUUAUGAGUUUGCACAACAAGUGAAUAAAAUGGUAGGGAGUUUCCAAAAAGAACUGUGGAGAUAGGCAGUUAGUUGGGUUUCCAAGGGUAGGCAGAGAUUUUAACCCUCAAUACUCGGCAUAAGCCUUAAAUAAUUUUCAACAUAGUUCUGUUUGGUCAAUGUUUCUUUCUUUCCCCUCCCUGUCAGCCUUUUUUCCUGUGAAGAAAUUAGCCCAGUGUUUCUGCACAUGUUUAACAGAGCUUUUUGGUGUGGCUAGCUUUCAUGGUCCUGCUGUACAUAAGAGAAAUUACAGCAAAAGAUUAACGUCUAGAAACAUUUUCUCUUAGUAUUUACCAUGUUAAAUGAUUAUUUUUUUAUUUGUUAUUUAUUUAUGUUAUUUAUUGUGGAAGUAUCUCUGCUGUGUUUGUAGCUUGGUUUCACUGGAUUAAAGAAGGGUUUGUAAACCA